AGACGAUCCUUGUCUGUUAGCGAUAUAAAUACGACUACUUUCAUGCAGCACGACUUUUUCUGAGAGAUCCUCUCAAAAUAACUGACGCACGAUUCUGUGCUCUAACACAAAAUUCACGUUAAGGUGGAUAUAAAGAUUGUCUUUUCAUAUUAAUAUUGAUGCUACCGCUAUUAACUGUUUUAUGCAUAAAAGUAUUUAUCUAUCAUAUAUAUGUGUCUGUAUGUGUGUCUGUAUGCAGUGUAUGUGUGUCGGCAUGCACACUCAUAACCUUAUAUAUUCACCAAUUUGUUUGCUUUCAUACUUCGAAGUCUCAUUUUAAACCUUUAUCCUUUUGAAUUCUCCACCCAUACCAAUUACACUCACACAACACUACAAUCAAACCAUCAUCCAAAUCUCAGGAGUCGGAGAUCCUCAUUUCACAGUUAGCAUCCGUGGAUUGAAAAGACCAGUUUGUUUUGAUUUACAAGGAGAUGAUGGCGACGUUAUCAAUUUGCUGGCAGACGACACUGCAAAACUGUAUGUCAAUGCGAGAAUUAUUAAAGCCAGCAUCAAUUCUAAGAAAACCUAUUUAGGAGAAAUAAGCAUCCUAAAACCAAAUAAAACGUGGGUGAUCAGCCCAGACCAAGUCGAACGUACGAUAUCUGAUCAACUGCAAUGGAAAGAUAUCGAUAAAAUUAAUAUGACUAAUGCAGUCAAUGAGACGUACGAUGGUGAUCACAUUAACCAGAUUGACAACACAUCGAUUAACGACAUAUCGAUCAGAUAUUCUGGUUACAGAACUUUAACGUUGACGACUAGCAGCAAGAAAGGCAGAAUCGAAUUUUUAUUACGACGUUCUCAAACUAAACAUCAACCAAUUGAAAUAAAGUAUUUAAAUUUCUAUCUGACCGAUUCUACUGGACUGAGUGGCUCCGUUUACGGAUUGAUUGGUCAGUUUAUCAGUUGGAAAGGAAAUAUUACAAAGCUCUACAUGCAACCGAAUGGAAAAAUCCAGUCUUGGAUCAAGUUAGAAAACGAAAGACAGAAUGGAGGUCGAAACUUUACAGCUGUUUUAACACACAAUCGCCGAUCAAUGUAUUCGCAUCAGCAAUGUUGGACAGUUUGGAAAGAAGGUAAAGAUUUCAUUAAAGGAAAAUAUGAAGAUUACUUAAUACACGGACUACAUUCUAAGCCAUCAUCGUAAAAAGGACAAAUCACUAACAGAUAAAACCCAAAUAUUCUCUAAAAUACUAUGUUAUGUACGAAUGUUAUAUACGAUCAUAUAAAUUGUGAAACGGUACAGCGGCAGAAAUGCAUCAAGUGAAAUUUUGGUGAAACUGAGUGGAACUUAGUUUCUGGACGAAAUGCUCAAAGAAAAUAUCGACGUAUUUAUCGAUCAGCAUUUCUCUUCCGCCCUUUUCUUAUUGGCUUCAGUCAUUUUGGUGUAGCCAGGCAGGUGGAACGCUAUGAAAAUGAUAAUCACAGACGCGUGUGUAUGCGCGCACGUCUAUCUUUGGAUAUAUGUAUGCAUGUAUGGUACACAGACAGACACCCGCACACAGACACGCGGGCUCUCAUACACACACACACGUAUGUAUAUGACGCCGGUUGGUCAUAGCGGUACCAAUACACCAAUUAUUAGAACUCAAUCAAUUUAUUUAUACUUCACAGUAUUACUCGAGUCUGGUAGUGAGCAGAUGUGAAUAAUCUGAUGUUUGCCAUUCUGCUGGAUUCUUAUAUGCACGCACGCACGUACGUAUGUAUGUAUGUAUGUAUGUAUGUAUGUAUGUAUGUAUGUAUGUAUAUCUGCACUGAUACAUUUGGUUGCAAAACCAAAAGAAUGAACGCUUUUAAUAGUUUGACACAUAGUUGCAUGACUUAAAGUUUCACAGGCGCACAAAUUACAUCUGGUCGUUCGGACGUUUAAUACUGACUAAUACUAACACGCACACAUAUUGUGUGUGUCUGGGGAUCGUUUGUAUGAGAGAGAGAGAGAGAGAGAGAGAGAGAGAGAGAGUGUGUGUGUGUGUGUGUGUGUGUGUGUGUGUGUGCGUGCGUGCGUGUGUGUGCGUGUGCGUGUGUGUAUCUAAUGAUAUAAACUGUUGUAAGUCCUAACGAUCCAUGAGACAAAACGAUCAGUUGCUUCAACAAAACUCAUACCCAUCGUAUUCCGGGCGACUCUUUUACUGCUUGUCGACAAAUCUCACCCCUGCAUAUACACACGCAGGAACGUGCGAAAUUUAUAAAUAUAAAUAUAUAUUUUUUGUUUAGAUUUGUACCUUUAUAUUAUAUAUUGAUAUAUUCCAGCAAACUGCUAUCUGACACUCAUUCCAUUCAUACACUUUGGUUGGUUUUCUUUUGCUAUUGUCUUCUUCAAAGAUCGUAAUCUCGGUCGAUUUACAAAAGUUAUUAUCAUACAUAAAAUAUGAAAUGGUUGAUAACGACAUCUACUGUACAAGAACCAAACUGCAUUGCAUUAUUUACCUGUGUUGGGCAGGUGAAUAGGCAUAUCUGUUCAUAGAUCUAUUCACUCAAAGUUGAUUCAUGGUCAAACAGCAACAACAAUAAGAAUGGUUUCAAAUUUUGGCACAAGGCAAGCAAUUUCAUGGGUAGUAACAGGUCGAUUACAUCGAUCCUUCUACUCAACUGGUACUUAUUUUAUAGAUCCGAAAGGAUGAACGGUAAAGACGAAUUCGGCGGAAUUUGAACUUAGAAGGUAAAGUCAGACGUAAUACUGCGAAGUAUUUCACCCAGUGUGCUAACGAUUCCACCAGCUCACAGUUUUAACAUCAACGGUAAUAAUAACUAAAUUUAUAGUACAACGCACUGCCACCAUAUUGAUAGAUGUUUUCGAUCUAGUUUGGAUUCUUUGCCAUCAAAUUUGAAUUCUUUGCAAUCAAAUUUGAUGGCAAAGAAUCCAAACUAGAUCGAAAAUAUCUAUAUAUUAAGCUCAAAUACUUGCAGCAGAAAAUUUUGUAGUCUUUCUGACCAAAAGAUUAAUUCUUCAUUACUUCGUUUUAUUUAAUUAUGGGGGUAUACCUCAGUGUGCUGAAGGCUACAGUCACCGUAGCCGAUAACCAAAUUGGUUCCACUUUUCAUUGAACUAUGAGAAAAGGAUCAUCUCCUAAACUUGUAUCACAGACUGGCAUUAAAUCUAAAACAAAACGUUGAUCUUU